AGAUGGCGUUCUCUUCCUGUUUGAACGUAAGGGGCUGAAGUGUUGUUGGGUAACAGAAACAGCACACAUCAAUUUACAACGUGAAGGGGAACAAAUAGCGAAUAAUGCAACCAUCAUGUCUGUGCAGUCUAUGCUUCGUGAAAGGAUUGCAGUCGCCAAAGCACUCUUAGAAAGAGUUGAAACACUGUCCUGCUCUCGCAAGGGAGGUGUAGAAGGCAGGGCUAAGCUGUGCAGUAAGCUGAGGGCUGAGCUCAAAUUUCUGCAGAAGGUGGAAGUCGGUAAAGUGGCAAUCAAGGAGUCCCACCUCCAGAGUACUAAUUUGACCCACUUAAAAGCCAUUGUAGAAUCGGCUGAGAGCCUGGAAGAUGUAGUAAGUGUGCUGCAUGUCUUCACAUAUGAAGACCAAUUUGGGGAGAAGCAGACCCUGGUGGUGGAUGUUGUGGCAAAUGAUGGCCACACUUGGGUGAAGGCUAUUGGGCGCAAAGCAGAAGCUCUUCAUAAUAUAUGGCAAGGGAGAGGGCAGUAUGGGGACAAGAGUAUUGUUGAGCAGGCUGAAGAUUUCCUUCAAGCUAGCCGACAACAGCCUGUGCAGUACAGCAACCCUCACAUCAUUUUUGCAUUUUACAAUGGGGUCUCCAGUCCUAUGGCAGACAGCUUGAAGAAAAUGGGGAUAGCUGUUCGAGGAGACAUAGUUGCUGUAAACUCAGUGCUGUGCGUUGAAGAGAGCGAGGAGCUUACAAGUGACAGCAGUUGUGAAGAAGAAGAUGAUGAAGAAGAGACAAUACCUGUUACCAAAGUAGACCGAGACACGAUCGUCGCCAGCUUGGCUUUCCCCACUGAAGUAAAAGUGGACGUAUGCAGUCGGGUCAAUCUAGAUAUCACUAGUUUAAUCACCUACGUGUCUGCACUGAGCCAUGGCGGAUGUCACUAUAUAUUUAAAGAGAAAGUGUUGACUGAGCAGGCCUCACAGGAAAGGCAGGAUAAGGUGCUACCAAAAUUGGAUGAGUUUAUGAAAAACAAAGAACUUUUUGCCUGCCAGUCAGCGGUCAAAGAUUUUCAGACCAUUCUGAACACUUUAGGAGGGCCUGGGGAAAAGGCCCGUGCUGCGGAGCUGAUCCAGAGACUUAACGUGGUACCGGAUGAGCCUUCUGAACGUGCCUUAAGAUUGGUGGCCAGCUCCAAGGUCAACAGUCGCUCUGUCACGAUCUUUGGGACAGGAGACACUCUGAAGGCAAUCACCAUGACUGCCAACAGCGGAUUUGUCCGAGCAGCAUCGAACCAGGGUGUCAAAUUCAGUGUGUUUAUUCAUCAACCAAGAGCACUGACUGAAAGCAAGGAAUGUAAAGCUACUUCUUUGUGAAAGGACUGCAGCAUGAAUGUUUGUGUGAUUACACAAAUUAAACAUCUCCCAGUUAGAUUACUAACAUACUGUUAUCCAAAAGAUAAAAUACAUAAACUAAUAAACACAACAAAGAAAGGGAUAUGUGUUAAACAAUAUCGUUGAGUGCUCUGUAGCUCAAUGGCAGAGUCAGGUUUCUAAAGUAGUUUUUACGGUUUACCAAAUCUUGUUUUCCUUUUUUUUGGCCCUGUUAGUCAGUUUGCAAAAUUUUAAUGCACAUAUGCACACUUCAUUAAGUAAAAAACAUACAUGAUAUUCAUUUUCCUUCUACUGUACUACAAAAUAUCUAAAAUAAAUACAAAUGCCUCCAAUUUUUUGGUCUACAGAGAAACUGCAAAUACUUCAGUUUAUCAAAUCUAGCAGGGGUGGCGACAACAGCAUCACAGUUCAAAUUCUUAUUAUUCUUGUGUUUUGUUGAAGUGACCUAUUGAACCUUUGGAACACUUAGAGCAGGCUAAUUCCUGCUCUGCUUAAGGAGUAUAAAAUGUUAUUAAUUAGAAACCAAUAAGAAACAGGUUGUGUGAUGCUAGUUUUUCUUUUUUUUUUUUUAAAUGCAUAAAUAUAAUCUACAUUACACAUGUAUGCAAUGUUAGUGCUGCUUUAUAAAUUGCAGAUUGAUGCACUACAGUAAUACAAAUGUGUGUAUUAGAAAUACAUUAUAUAAAAAUGUUUGGAAACACAUGGUUAAAAUAAA